AUGGGCACGUUCGUGACCCUGGCAGAGGUGCUGGAGGCCCGGGGGUCACCUCUGGAGGAGGAUGAGGUGUGGCGUCUGCUUUUGGGCACCGCCGAGGCCUUAAUGGACAUCUCCCACAAAGGUCCUGGUAACAUGUGCAGUGUACUGAGCCCCGGCUCUAUGUUACUGUCAGCCAGUGGGAACCUUGCUUUUAAAAGCUGUGCCCGGUCUGGGGACCUGGGCUCCUUCACUGCUCCAGAGGUACAGGAUGGACACGCUGCCUCCAACAGGACAGCCUCAGAAAAGAUGGUUGUAUAUUCCCUAGGAAUGACCCUCUACUGGUCCGUUGAUUAUCAACUACCUCAAAACCAGCCCAUUCAGCUGAGUAGCAAACUGAACAACCUGUUGCUGAGCAUGUGUGAGGACACGGUCCAGAGACGAGCGGAUCUCGUGACUGUGCUGGAGACCUGUGACCAGCACAUCAAGACUGCUCAACUGCCCCCACCAGAGAAACUCAUCAAACAGCUAGUAGAAGAUGUGUUUAGGGACUCUGUCAAUCAUGUGUCUAUGGCUGAGAAUGGUCCUCAACUUACUGACCGGAGUCAGAUGGUCAGAGAGAGGAUUCACAGUUUCUCAGGAAGUGCCUCGUACCAUAAAUCUACCUGGGCGCUGAGAAACAGAAGCAACUCAACAUUCCAAGUCGAGCUCAGCAGAGGGUAAGAACCUAGCCGAAUUGCCCAGGGGUUACGUCACAGAGAGAGUUACUGCAGCUAUCAAUUCCGUAACCCCUGUAGCCCUUACCUGGAUGGCUUUCGCCGUGGCAGCAUCAGACCUAUACCAUAUGUGUAUCUGAACGAGUCUACUGUCAGUCUUAAUGAAAAGAAAGCCAAGGAUGUGGGUCCAGAGUUUUUUCAAAUGUUAGAUGAGCCACUGGUUGUCUUGGAGCUGCCCGGAUCCAUUGUUUCAAAGAAAGGGAAGUCUCAUUCCACUAUGAGGGAGCUGAGUGUGGUCAUGCCAAACGGACAGAGCAUCCUGGUCAAGUGUGACGUCAAGUCAGAAGGAGGGGAUGUCUUUGAUAUGAUUGUUGCCCACUCCAACCUGGUUGAACACGUCUACUUCGGCCUUGCUUACAUUGAUGAUAAUGAGUUUUUCUUCCUGGACAAUGACACAAAGAUAUCCAAGGUUGCCCCCCAUAGUUGGAAGAAAGUGCCUACGUCCACGUUUGUCCUUUUCUUCAGGGUCAAAUUCUUUGUCCACGACAUCGCUCUACUUUUGCACAAGCUGACUCGUCACCAGUACUACCUACAGCUGAGGAAAGAUAUACUGGAGGACAGGUUGUCCUGCCAUGAAGAGACAGGCCUAUAUCUGGGUGCCUUGGCUCUCCAAGCAGAGUAUGGAGACUGCAUGCCUGAGGUUUAUGGGAGGAACUACUAUCGACCAGACCAGUACAUUGCCAAGAGCGUCAUGGAGAAAAGAGCCCUGCCUUACCUAAAGGAGGAGUUGCUACGGUUACAUGCCAACAACUCCACGAUGAGUACCGACGAGUCCGAGCUUGAGUUCCUCAAGGCCACCCAGCAGCUUCCUGAGUACGGUGUUCUGUUCUACCGCGUGGGGCGCGAGAAGAAGCCAGUCAUCGGAGAGCUGAUCCUCGGAGUGUGUGCCAGAGGAGUCAUAGUGUAUGAGGUUAAAGAUAGCUCUCGCUCCACGAGUCAGACUUUCCACUGGUGGGAAACAAGCAGUAUCUCCUCCUCUUGCCGGAAAUUUGUCAUCGAGAGCAGAGGGAGCGCGAGAAAGCACACCUUUGUCACCGAGAGAUCCAAGACGGCCACGUACCUGUGCAACCUCUGCUCUGCCCAGCACAAGUUUCACAAUGAGAUGAACUCUCGCCAGCUCGGACACAGUCUGGCCUCAGAGGACAACAUAGUGCAAUAUGCGGCAGUGUGUCAGGCACAGAACAGCCAGGUGAGCAGGAACUCUGAGACCGUACUGACAGACAGCGGUCUGACCACACCGCAGGACGGCUCCAUGACCAAACUGUGUGAUGACAUCGCCGCCAAGAUCGAGGCGCGGAUCAAACAGCACCGUGUCCUCCACGAGCAGGGCAGAAGGAGGCCAUUGCCUGGGAACCUGUCUCCAGCCCUGUCUCGUGGGUCUGGGAAGUGUGGGUCAGAGGUCAACCCCAUGUCCUCAGCAGGCAGAGAUGUUUUUGCCCAAAUGAAGAGAGUCAUACCAGAGAGAGAAGUCAUUUGUGUGUGCUUAAAGAAAGACCCGAAGCUCGGCGUCGGUGUUGUGAUAGUUGGAGAAGACACGGUGGGGAAGUAUGACCUGGGUGUCUUCAUAGCAUCCAUCGUGCGGGGAGGACCAGCGGAUAAAGAUGGCCGCAUCAGACCAGGUGGGCGUCUGAUCUCUCUGAACCACACCAGUCUGGAGGGCAUGACCUUCAGUGAGGCUGCAGAGGUCAUGCAGAACAGCCCACAGGAGGUCACACUUAUCGUGACCCAGCCCAAAGUUUCCUCAACACCCAACAACGUGAGAUCUCCGCUAUUGAAGAACUACGAGUCCCAGACCACUUUGAGGACGAACGUGCGCUCUGGGGAGGACGACCUGGAUGAGAUCGUGUCUGUCAUGUUGACCCCAAAGACUGGCAGUAGAUUGCAACUCCCUGAUGUACGCAUCCUCAACGCUCAGGACUGCCGCUCCAGGUCUCCUUCCACAAACUGCUUCAGGGGUGGUGAGAUCUCUGUGGAGCUGAAGAAGAAAGCUGGAGUAGGUUUAGGGAUCAGUAUCACUGGUGGUGUGAACACAGGCCUGCGUCAUGGAGGUAUCUACAUCAAAAGCCUAGUCUGUGGAGGGGCUGCUGAGCAAGAUGGCCGCAUUCAGUCAGGUGACAGACUGCUGAAAGUUGAUGGAAUCAGGUUUCAAGGGUUCACAUAUCAGCAGGCUGUGGAAUGUCUGGCAAAAACAGGAAAGGUGGUGACCCUGGUCCUGGAGAGGGAGAACAUGAGCAGCCUGCCCUGGGUGUCUUUGAGCCCAGACACAGGGUGCCACCUCUCCCCUCAGAGUUCCCACCGGGACAUCACCCAGAAGAGGAACAACAGCUGCCCUGCCGUCAUCACCCCCUACUUGGUCAAGUCCAAGCACUACAGCUUCGUGUCUGACGGGAACACUUUGGAGGUGACCUUGAAUAAGAGGCUGAAUGGCUUGGGCUUCAGCUUCCUGGUCCCUGAGCUCGAGCCCUUGAAAGGAGACUCGGGCAGUGGCCUUGUCCGGAUCAAGAAGCUUUUCCCUGGCCAGCCAGCGGAAGAGAGUGGGCAGAUCCAGGAGGGAGACGUCAUCCUGGCAGUCAAUGGAGAACCGCUGAAGGGAUUGUCCUACCAGAGGGUGGUCACGCUGCUGAGAGGCUCUUCUCCUGAAGUCCGGCUGUCUCUGUGCCGUCCUGCUCCAGGAAUUCUGCCUCCCAUUGAAACGUUGUUUGGCACCUGA